AGUGAAUCAUUUUCCAGUUUAUAUUGGAUUUUCCUGCCCAAAAGUGAAUAUUUUUGUAAAAUCCAGUGUUAGAAAAAACCAUUGGAAACAGCCAAAAUGGCUUCCAUGUUCGAUCAGUAUUCCUCGGCCCUGAUAAAGGAAAACACCAGCGAGCCGGAUCAAUCCAAUCGUCCCCAAUCGUCGGGCUACGUAAGCGUUCGCACCAAGAAGGAACCUCCCAUUUUCGCGAAACAAAAAAUGAAUCUCAACCUUCCGUCCGGCAUCCUGUUCCUGUCGGUGCAAAACGAUUGGAUUAUAAUUUUGAUGACCAACCUAACGAUUCUGCGGAUGAACAUCAAACAGCCGAACAAGUUCACCGAGGUCCCGAUCGACAAGUACGUCGGUGGGUUCAAAUCGUGCAAUCUUUUUCUGGACCCACUGGGGGCGCAUUUGUUUAUUACGUUGGCACCGAAGUCUCCGGGCUUCACGCCAGACGUUCUCUAUCUGCAGCGAAAUAGCUUCAAGCCUAAAUUUAUCACCAAGUUGAAAGAUCAGGAAAUUACGGCCAUUGGAUUCAACUACUCCAAUAACAUGGAGAUGAUGACCGGUCCGAUUUUGUUGGGUACGAGUAAAGGAACUAUUUGGGAGGCUGAUAUCGGAAUAGACAGCGGAGAUAAACUGGUGCAGCAGGUCGUUCGUCAGGUGUUCGAUGUUGGAACCGGUGGUGAUAGUCGUCCCAUAACGGGCAUUGAAUUCCACAUGCGUCAGGAUCAAAGGAAUAUGCACUGUAUCAUUCUGGUGCUAACGUUGGAUAGAAUCUAUACAUUCCAUGAAACUAUUCGCCAAGCAGAUUCAAAAAUGGCACCGGGACAGCUGCAGAAAGUAUUUAAAUCGUACUUGAGCAUCCCCGAGCAGUUGAAUGAUUUUCAGGAUGUGAUCAGUAAACUGAACUACUCGAAGCUAGCAUUUAACUACGAGGAAGAUUUCCCAAAGAGUUUUGGUUGCUUGACUGAGGACGGACUCAAUUUCCAAGAAAUAGACCCGAAGAUGAACAGUCCGCAAUUUGUGGUGCAAAAGGAGUUGAUACCGUAUCCCACGCACGACGUUGUUCAGCCAAAUUCAUACAAAAUGGUGUCGAAUGUGAACACACCCCUGUCGUUCGUUCUGACGGAUUUCCACGCCAUCCUGCUGUACGUGGAUCACGUGACGGCCAUUUCUCUUCUGAACUAUCAGGUCGUCUAUGAGGAAUACUUUGUCGAGCAGUAUGGCAAAUUGUGCAAUGUGGUGAAGGAUGUUCGUUCCAAUGUCACGUACGUUUACAGCAACAAGAUGAUUUUCAGAUACAAGAUCAACAACGAGCAACGCAAUGCCUGGCGGCUGUACGCCGAUCGACAGAAGUUUGACCUGGCGCUGCAGUACUGCAAUGACAAUCCCGCCCACCGGGACAUGGUUCUGGUCAAGCAGGCUCAGUCCUACUUCGACGUUGGCAACUAUUUGGAAGCAGCUCAAAUCUAUUCUGACACGCAGCUUAGCUUCGAGGAAGUGUGCUUGAAGUUUCUGCAGCGUAAUCAGAACGACGCCCUGAUGCUGUAUCUGAAGAACCGUUUGGCCAAGUUGAAACCCCAGGAGAAGACUCAAAUAACGAUGCUGAUCGUGUGGUUGGUGGAGUUGUAUCUAGUUGAGAUUUCGCGCUCUGCUGGGGAUAAUGUCCAGCGGGAGAGGGACCUACAGAAGGAGUUCGAUGCGUUCAUGCAGACGGCUAUCGUAAUCGAUUGUAUGAAGAAAAAUCGGUCUGUGAUCUACGAUCUGAUGGCAUCCCACGGGGAUAGUAACAAUCUGGCAGCGCUGACAACGAUCCACAAGGAUUACGAAAGCGUAAUCCAACAGUACAUCAACCAGAAUCGCUUCGAUGAUGCCUUGGCAGCUCUGAGGGCUCAAAGUCGGCAGGAAGUGUUCUACAAGUAUGCUCCAAUCAUCAUGGAAGAACUCCCUUCGGAAACAAUCGGUGUACUGGUCCAUCAAGGGAAGCGGCUGGAUCCCAUCAAAUUGAUUCCAUCGCUGCUCUGCCUGGAUAGCCCCAGACACAUCGCCGAAAUAGUUAAAUAUCUUGAAUUCUGCAUUCAUUCAAUCCGUUGCUCCGAGCCGGCCAUUCACAAUUACUUGAUCCAGCUAUACAGCGAACAUUUUCGAGACAAACUGUUGACUUUCCUAGAAACUCAGGGAAAGGACAUUACCAUGAUCAGUUACGAUGCUCACUACGCGCUGAGAAUCUGUUUGAAGAACCAAAUCAAGGACGCCAGCGUGUUUCUCCAGUGUCUGCUGGAAAUGUGGGUUCCCGCGGUGGAGCUCGCCCUGACCUUCGAUAUACAGCUGGCCAAAGUUACAGCAUCGCAGCCGGCCGACCAAAAUCUUCGCAAGAAGUUGUGGCUCAUUAUCGCCGAAAAGGAAAUCCGUGGUAAACACGAAAACGUUCAGGAGGCCUUGAAAAUACUCAAAGAAUGUGAUCUUCUGCGCAUAGAAGAUCUGCUGCCGUACUUUUCCGACUUUCAGAAGAUAGAUCACUUCAAGGAAGCGAUAUGCGAAUCGCUCAAGGAGUACAACAUCAAGAUCCAGGAGCAACGGAAGGACAUGGAAGAAUCGGCCAAUUCGGCCGAGCAGGUCCGAACCAAGCUACAGACGUUCCGCAAUCGGUCGGUUACGAUCGGCGGCCAGGAACAGUGCGCCAUCUGUGGAGUGUAUCUGCUGUUGAAACCGUUCUUCAUUUUCCACUGUGGGCACAAAUUUCACGGUGAUUGCCUCGAGCGGCAGCUGUUACCUCAGCUGAAUCCAGAAAUAGUCAAUCAUCUGAUGAAUCUGAAGCAACAGUUGACGAUGGCGCAGAAUCAGCCGAUGGACACCGGAAGCACUACCGCCGAGGGGAUUUCUAAUAGCAAGGAACAUCUCAAAAGUCAGAUCGAGGACAUUCUUGCGUCGGAUUGUCUGUUCUGCGGUGAGGUGAUGAUCAACACUAUCGAUAAGACUUUCAUUGAAAAUUGGGAGCGUGUGGACAGUGACUGGCAGUAGAUUGCAUACCAAUACCUACUAAAAUGAUGUUCUAAUAGAAUUC